AUGAUUUUAGAUCAACAAAAUGGAUCGCAGGUGUUCGAAGACAGCAAUGCUCAGAGUGUUGGAAAAUGGCGAGGCGAAGCGGGACUUUUGUCGACACCACCGAAUGGACGAUUUCCUACUCAAAAUAUUGGUCCUGUCAAAUUUGAACCUCCUACAGUUCCAGUCAUUUUUGUACUCGGUGGGCCAGGCAGUGGAAAGGUGACGCAUUGCGAUAGUUUAAUUCAAGAAAAAAUAGGAAUAACGCACAUAAAUAUGACCGAUUUAUUGCAACAGUACGCGAUUGGAAACGACAUGCAAGAUUUUGGACUUCUUAGUAGUAAAACUGUCGCUGAAGUACUUAUGCUGGAAAUGAAAAUGUCACCAAACGCAAAAACUUUCCUUAUCAGUGGGUAUCCACGGAAUAUGCGUGACGUAGUGGAAUACUCAGAAAAGAUCCAAGUAAUAAAUGGCGUAGUUCUAGUAUCUUGGAGGCAGGAAGUUCUAGAGCGACAAAUCGAUUAUGGUGCUCAACUCGGUCAUGUAAUUCUGAGUUUGGCACGAAUGGAGCUUAAAAAUUUUUACAGAAAUGUCAUGCCUGUUGCUGAAUACUUUGACAGAAAUGAAAUUCUUAUUGAGGUCAAUGGUGAAAGAAAUCCAAGUGAAGUUUAUGUUGAUUUCCGUGAAGCGAUAAUACAAAUCCUCGGCUCCCCUGAAUUAGGAUUCAGGGACAGAAUGCAUCAACCACUAGAAGCAGAGGUUAAAGUAGAACGGACACAACCAUCUUCCGCAAAUUCAAAUCAUAUUGCGCUACUAUCACCUACAACACGAAUCAAUCCAGCAAAAACGGCUAACAAAGCGAGGAAAGGACUUCCUAGUUUCAUUUGGGUCAUUGGUGGACCUGGAAGCAAUAAGUCAAAUUUAUGUGCUCAAGCAAUUCGCAAUAUGCCUAAUUGGUCACACAUAAGUAUAGGCAGUUUAUUCCGAACAAUGGCAUCAUCCAAUUCAACUAUAAGUGACUCCAUUGUUGCUGGCGAGAUGAUUGCACAAGAUGUCGUAAUGCAGUUAGUAGAACAACAAGUUCUACUCAAUCGGAAUCAUGAUGGGAUUGUAAUCGAUGGAUUUCCCCGCGAUCUGAAUCAAGUUCAAGAAUUUGAGAGCAAAUUUGGGCAAAAGCCAACUUUGGUCCUUUUAGACUGUUCUAAACUUCAACUCGGUCGAGGAAAACUUGAUGAUAGUGUUCCAGCAUUCCGAAAACGUCUAGAAAUCUUUCGCGAAAUAACAUUACCAAUGUUGAAAACUCUUGACAGUGACAAUCGAUUAAUAACUAUCGAUGGAGAUACAUAUGUACCUUCAGUUCAACAAGAAUUCGAAGCAACGCUUUAUCAAUUGAUGAGGCAAGUGCGCUGUAAAGAAGAAGAUAAUUCACGAGAUUUCGCAAUAUCAACGCCAAUUGAUAAUAACGACGAUAAUAAAUCUAAUGUAUUUGAAACUGACAACAUCAACUCCAACCAUCAAAAAACAGAAAUGCCGAAUGGACGAUUGAAAAAUGGUGUUAACACAAUAAGCAACCAUGUUAUCAACAAACAAAAAAGUAAUCAUUCAUUUAAAGUGAAUAACAUAAUGAAUAGAGUAAAUCAUCGAGGAGUUAAGAAAGAAAUAGGAUCGAAAAUUCGUGACGCUGUAGAUGAAAGCGCUCGAAUUACAAACGAUGUACUCAAGUCGUCUCGAAAAAAUGGCAAUCAUGUUCAUUUGAAUGGCGCAGCUAAUGGAGCAUCGCGAAUAUUUCAAAAUGGCAUCGGUCAUUUAGCAAAUGGAAUCCCUCCGGGAAUUAACCGCAUUGCACCAGCACCUUCUAACGCUACUAUUAGUACUAAUAACAAAGAACCUGCAAAGAAGAUGUAUAGUGAAAUGAAUGGUUAUCACGAAAAUCUUCAUAUGUAA